GUCAGUUCGUGAGUUAGAUGCACCGGUUAAGUGAAGUGAUCGUGCAAGUGCGGUUAUUGUGCAGUGUGUGUUUUUUAUAAUUAAUCAGUGAUAAAACAAGGUGUAAAGAGUGUAUAGUGCUGCUUUAAUCAGUUAUAAACUGUAUCAAGACAUGUUUCCUUCUAGUGAUAAGUGUUAAUGUGUGAUAACACUGAUAUCCCAGACAUGGACGGAGGGAUUGUCAGUGAGUCCACGAUGGGCAACCAGCAAGUUGGGUCCGACAAGAAGAACGAGAACAACAACUACGUCAAUGGGAACGGACAUUUGAGCGAUAGCUUGGAAAGCGACUCAAAGUACGUCUCGAUCGUAGACGUAAGCUUCACGUCUCCUCAGUAUAUCACCAAGGAAGAAUCCAAUCAAAACGUCGAGGUGAACGGACAAGUCAAACUGAACGGUGUGAAUUUCCGAGGCAACGAAAUAAUAAUCAACGAAAUGUUGGUAGACGACGAUGUAAAUAAAAGUGUGAUCGUCGUUACGCCAGAAAACGGACACUCAGUGAGUAGGUUGACGGUCAACGGAGGAUUGAAUUUGAACAGAUCUUGUGAGAUUGGUCGCGAAGCGUUGGAUUUCUCGAAAUCCGGAAUUGAUUUGAAUCUCAAGGAUAGCUCGAUCAUUUUAAGUCCUGUGUCGAAUACCAUGGUGUGCGUUCCUAAUGGGUGUUCGACUCCUUUCAACAAACAGGAACCCCCGGAUUUUGAGAACAGCAUUCUGAACGAGUCGUUCAUACUGAACGAAGAGGAGUUGGAAUCCGUCGUUCCUGAGAAGCUGAAAAGACAACGGAGCAACAGCAGUGACUAUUGGAUACAGGAUGAUGGAGAGGAUCAGUCCAUUGUUUAUUUCCUGGGGAAAGUCAACGAUGAUGCCGAGGCUCGAUUGGCCGCCAAGCGACAGGCGAGAGCUGAGGCCAGAGAGAUCCGAAUGAGGGAACUCGAGAGACUUCAGCGGGACAACGAAGAUAACGAUAAGGUCUACGAUAUAUACUCCACUCCAGAUGGGGUAGGCACCAGACCCGCUAGAGCCAGCUCCGUCACCAACCCCAGAACUCUGCUGUCCUCCAACAACAGCUACCACUCGUCCCGCCGCAGUUCUGAAGACUCUCUGGAGGAGGUCAACAGUAUACGAGAUGUCAGGAUGGAACUGCGGGAGUGUGAGGAGAAGUUCCGCAAGGCUAUGGUGGCCAAUGCCCAGCUGGACAAUGAGAAGGCUGCACUCGGGUAUCAGGUGGAUCUGUUCAAGGACAAACACGAGGAGUUGGAGGAACAACAUCUGCAGUUGUUGCGAGAGCACAAAGAGACCUGCCGACAGUUUGAACAGACCAAACGUAGCAAGACAAAACUGCAGGAGGAUCUGGACGUGUCAAGAGCUCAGCUGGAGGAGUUAUUGCAGCUGAUCCAGGAGAAAGGCCUGGUAGUGGUGGAAGGGGAAGAAGAAGAUGUCGAAUGUGAGGACGGAGAACCAAGGACCAAACCUCCGAGGAAGGCUCUGGUCUCAGCUGAGGUAGCGGACGUCCUACAACACGGCUCUGGGUCUCUUGAUAUUCGGUUGAAGCGGUUUGUAGAGGAACGCAAUGAGUUGUUGGACGAGUUACGACGAGUCAAGUUGGAGUUGGAGGAGGAGAGAGCUUCCCGAGGUCGCCAUGCCAACGGACCCACCGACGACCAGGACGACGUACAACGAGAAGCCAACAAACUACUAGGUGAUUACAAGUUCAAACUGCAGAAGGCUGAACAAGAUGUUAACACUCUACAGGCCAAUGUCGCAAGAUUGGAGACCCAAGUAGUUCGGUAUAAAUCUAUUGCCGAAACUUCGGAAAAAUUAGAAGACGAGUUAAAAUUAGAAAAGAGAAAAUUACAAAGAGAGCUAAGGGAAGCUCAGUCUCGUGUAGAGGAGCUGGAGACUUCUCACUCCCACCUGCAGAGGAGGCUAGACAAGCUCAAGAACGCCAAGUCUGCCUUGCUCAAGGACUUGUAGCAGGCAUGUCUCGCCCCUCGUCAGGUGGGCGACACAUCAUGAUAGUUCUUCAUUUUGCCACCGAAGCUGUUAUCAGUGUACGUGCAUUGUGAUUGGCCGAUUCCUCUUUACCAAGUAGAAUAAGACGUCAUCACUGUCGAGGGAUCUCCAUCACCAAACAUCGAGUAAAACUCGUCUUUUGUACACUGUUAAAGCAACGUUAGGUAAUAGUUUUUAUAUGAGUUCCCGAUGUUUUGAGAGAUUUUUAAUAUAUAGACAUACGUUUUAUACUAGGAUAUUCUAUUAAUACAUCUGUAAUCUAUCGUAACACUGUUAAUUGGUGUCAGAAGUAACCAAAUAACAUUUCGGAGGGGACAUGACAACUUCGGACAAACUAAUUUGUUAAUUUAUUGUAAAAAGUCGAGACGUGUAUUAAAGAUUUUUUAUUUAUUUUAUGUGAUAUAUUUUGUUAAUUGAAUUUAGCCUAAACAAUUGUUAAGAUUAUUGUAAGAUUAUUUAUUUCCUUGUAGAUAUCAAAUUAUAAACUUACUCUGAUUUUUGUGUAUUCUUAUUUUUUUGUGCAAUUUUUCAGUAAUACAUUGUACAACAUCAGAAGUUUCCAGUUUUUCAUCAAAUUGUAUUUAUUAAAAAAAGAAUCAUUUCCUGAUAAAUCAUUUUUUUGUGUUAUACAUUUUAAGGUAGUUAGCAAAAUAAAUUUUCCAUUCUUUGUCUUAUCCACCCAUUUUAAUUCAUUUUCUUCCAAGUUUAUUUCAUAUCAAUGUUUACUCCUUGUAAUUUAUAUAAUCAUAUCAUAAAAAUACACUUUAAAAUGGUAAAAUAAAACUGGUCAAUGUACUGAUUGUAUUAACUGUGGGUGUCAAAUGCUUUGUUUUUGUUUUAGAUUCUCUACUUGGGGUUUUGCCUCAUUUGAAGGAAAAUACUCUUUAAUUUUUACUAUUUUGGCAUUGUUUUUUGCUGCAAGUAGACUUCUUAUCCUAUUGCAGAAUCUGAAGUCUGUAUCAAUGAUUGUUUCUUGUCUGGUCAUGUUCGAGUGUGGACUGUUCAGUAACAAUUCUUUCUCGGUCUUAGUUAAAUAACAGCUGAGCAAAGCUACACAGAUCAUCACACUCCAUUCUACACUCAUCCUUCACUCAUAUUUGGGUAAAUACGCACAUAGACGGCGUCCCCAUCUCAAUGAUUGAUAAUUGAGUAGCUUACAUGUAGAUCAAAUUUGGUCGUAAUAUUUCUAAAGUGAGUAAAAUACACACUCGCUGAACAUAAACUAGUCUUGAAUUGUCUUCUGCUGAUCCAUAAAAAUUUUAAAUCUAUAUGGGGAUAAAUAAAUGUCCACGGUAGAAAAUAGUUAUUUGUGCAACUAGUGAGCAAAGUGAGCAAUUGACUCAUUCGAGAGAAAUCCUUACUCACGAGCCAUAGGCCAUAGGCAAACAAAUUAAUUAGUAAAGAAACGUAAAAUAUUUUUACACAGAAGUGAACUUUUAAUAUAACAUUUAAUGUGAAGUGACAAAUACAACAGCUGACCAGCUGAUUUACAGCCAGUGCUGCCAACGUAUUUCGCGCGCAUACGACCUUGUCUGCAUGUUACGCGCUCACUAUUUCGUGCCUUCACAUUGCAAAUCUGGAGUGAGACAAUGUUAACAUUGUCUCACUGAUGAGCGAAUUGGCCACUUUGCUUUCUCAAAUCAGUGAGAGAACAUGUACAUUGUUAGGUAACUGUAGGAAAAGAUAAUUUCCUACAAUUAAUUAUUUGACCCCACAAUCAAACUACCAGAAUAUUGACUAGUUUAUCUAAGUGUCAAAAGCUUUUGUCAAAUUUAUAUAAAUAUUCAAAAAUUGUUUGAUAUUGAUAUAUUGUAAAUAAACUGCAACUUUAUGUGUAAAUUAAAUUGUCAAAAUAUAUUUCUCGUGUCAAAUGCUUGCUGUACAGUAAAACACUUGAGUACAAAGUAGUCCAGUUUUCUAAAAGACAGUGUGAUAGUUAACAUGUACAAACCUCUUUAAUCAUUUCAUAAUCUCAUGUCAUGUGGUUAACCUCUUUCAGUGCCUUUUUUAAAUUUUUCUAAAAUGUUUAAUUUAAAAAAAUUUAUUUUAUGAUAAUCAAAAUUGUGGCGUUUCGGAUAUAAUUUUUUUACAAGUCACAUCUUUUUUUAACAUUUGACAUAUCAUGUUUCUAUGUAGGGUAAAAAACCAUAAAACGGUCCUAAGGUUGGCAAUAAGAAAACGUUUUUUCAGAUUAAACCUUUAGUGGGAAAUAUUUAUUUAUCUUUUAUGCAUUUAUUGUUUCUCAACAGUUUUACAGUGAGAUUUUUUCUCCCUUCAUAAUACCUUUUUCGUCAUACUGCAGCAAAAACAUCCGUUUUUUAUACAUGCGUUGCGGGUCUAAAGUACUUCUUAUACUCUCUAGGGAGUAAAAAUCAGCUUUUAUACAGAUGUAAAUUUCGAUCGUAGCAAUCACAUGGAUCUAAACUAAUUAUCAAUUGAUUUAUUAGGUUAGGUUUCAGCUUAUUGAAUUGAAAACCUAGAAGUCGUUUUGAGAGUUUAUCCUUACAAAAACAGUUUUUUUUUGUUUUCUAGCUUAGUUUGUUAAUAAGUGAUGCAAUAUGACGAAAAAUAUAGUUCAUCAUACGGACAAAAAGUGUCUUUUUAACCAUCGCUCAUUUGCCGACCUUGGCUUCGCCUCAAUUGUAAAACAUUAGCUCGGGUUGAAAAGAUUCACUUUACACCCUAGUGAUGAAAUAUACUAAUUAAUUCUAAUUACGACGGAAACACAUAUAAUAAAUUUGUGUGACCAUUUUAUCUUAUUUACUUUAAUUUUGGAAAUGGUUGAUCGAGAGCCAAUUUUCAAAACAUGGUUGUUCAUUGUAAAGAAUGUUCCUGAAUGGAUAUCAGACAAACGGGUUACAUUAGUGGAUAUAAAAUUUGUAAUGGCACUAGAAGAGGUAAAUCUUUGUAAACUUGAACAGAAAUUGUAAAUAUGUUUGUGAAACGAUUAAAAUUACAGUAACUAUUGAAAGACGAUAUUUUUUAGAACAAAUUUAAAAGAGAUUGCAAAUCGUUGUACAAUUUUAUUUUAUGACCUGCUUUAGGUUUACACGAUCACAAGUAACAUUGGCUAAGUCAGGUUAGUAAGAACACGUUAUUGAACCUGGUUGAAUUUCUCGUUAUGAAAUCGUUUAUUUGAAAAGCGUUGUAAUUAAAUGUGAAAUGCACAGUAGAUUUUGUAAGUUAACAAGCCGAGUCACUAAUCCACUAAAAGUGUCAAAAGCACUGGACUGUUAGCCUUGCUUAUGUACAUAGCAAAUACAACGUUUAUACUGAU